CUCCACCCAGGCUGUAGCAUAAAGACUACUUGUAUAUAAACAGCAACACCUCCAUCGAACACCACAUCUCCCUAAACAAGAUCCCUCCAAACCACCAAGCACAUCAAUCGAUACCCCUCACAGCUAAAAACCCGCAGACGCUAGACACCCACAAUAACCACAACAACCACAAUGGCCACCAACCCCACCCAAUCGACCCCGACCAAAACCGUGGAACAGGCCUUCCACACCGGCCUUCCGCGCUGCUGGACCCCAACCCGCUACCGCCUCAUGACGGAGGCGCCCCCGCUGUCCACCCCAGAAGACGGCCACACCUACGAGAUGAUCAAAUGGGUUCCCGCGCAGGUGUACCUGGACCAAGGGCGCGAGCGCUACACCGGGCUGACCACCCGCGACCGCAGCCUCCGCGACACCAAGCUCCCGACAUUGGAGCUACCCCAAGUCGCGACGGCCGAGGACGUCGGCUGGAUGACGGAGGUCAACCUGAUCCCCGGGUUGGAGCGUCUCCUCGUGGGCAGCUGGCCGCUGGGCGGCGAGGUUGUCGGCGGCUUCACGCACGGCCCCUGGGGCGAGAAGCUGUACGUCUGGACCCUCCGGCUGGCGUGGGGGUUCAGCGUCGACGUCGCCGUGCUGGUCAUCAAGCCGCCGAACCAGGUGCGCGGGCUGGAUUACUUUGGCGUCGUGGGCGGGGAGCGUCAGUGGCGGUGGUUCAAGGCGAGGCAGGCUGAGGGGGGGAACGACGACAACGGCAAUGGCAACGACAACGCCAACGACCAGACCAACAACAAACCCGUCCUAACCCACGGCCUCCAGGCAAACGCCAUCCCCCACACCCAGCAAGCCAGGAAGUACGGCGCCGUGCAUGGCAUCAGCCACGUCGCGCUCUUCGACUUCCAGCAUCUGGUGCUCCUGGACCUCGAUGGACACAUGCGGCAGGAGAAAAAUCCCGACAGCGGCAUCCCCGAUCCGCUCACGGUGACGUACUUUGACGAGCGGGACCGCGAUCUGGAGAACGGUGAGUGCUUCCAUAUGGUCCUCCUCGGGUUUGUGCUGAGCGCAAUGAACCGCGUGCCCUUGUUGGCGCGGAAUAGGCUACAGCCAAAGGAUUCUGAGAUGUCGGACCCGCGCCGGGUUCGAGAGGUGUAG